CUUGAGAAGUGAAAAAAAAAAAGAUUUUUUGUUCUCUCUCUCCCCGAGACGACGAUGAUUGCAGCAAGGUGCUGUCUUUUGCCACCGCCGUGUUUCUCCGCCGUGAGGGUUAGAUGUUUCGCAGGUGAAACUUCAGAUACAGGGAUUUUAUUCCGGGAGAAGCUUAUUUACCUUCAAGACCUUAACGUAGAUCCUCACAAAGCUCUCCGAGUGAACCCAUCUCUCCGUUCUGCUUCAAUCUCCUCCGUCGUCUCCGUCGAGAAUCUUCUCUCUUCAACCGGACUCUCAAGACCCGCCGUUGGUCGGAUUCUCGAUAUGUUCCCAGAUUUGUUAACUUCUGAUCCCGAAUCUGAGAUUAUACCGGUGCUUCGCUUCUUAACCGAUGAGAUUUCGAUUUCAGAGGAAGACAUACCCAAAUCGAUCUCUCGUUGUCCUCGAUUGCUAAUUUCAUCUGUAGAUCACCAGCUUCGUCCCGCAUUAGCGUUUCUCAAAACCCUAGGAUUCGUCGGACGAGACACGAUUACGUCACGGAACACUGUGUUGCUUGUAUCGAAUGUGGAACGAACCCUAAUCCCUAAAAUUGAGUACCUUGAAGAAGGGUUAGGGUUUACAAGAGAAGAGGUAGCGAAGAUGGUUGUGAGAUCUCCGGCGUUGUUGACUUAUAGUGUGGAUAACAAUUUAGUUCCUAAAGUUGAGUUUUUUAUGGAGGAGAUGCGUGGUGAUGUCAAGGAGCUUAAACGUUUCCCUCAGUAUUUUUCGUUUAGCUUGGAGAGGAAGAUAAAGCCAAGGCAUAGGUUGCUUAAGGAACAUGGGAUUUUUAUGCCUUUGUCUGAGAUGUUGAAGGUUAGUGAUGGUCAGUUUAAUAAUUGGCUUUUAGAGCUUCGUCUUAGGUCUGUUGAAAGAAGAUGAUGAUAGAACAACAACGAUGUAAGGCAGCUUUUUUUUUUUUUUUUGUUUCCUUCUGUAGAUUAAGCUUUUUGGUAAUGUUCAUUGUUCUGUUUACUGAGAUUAAGUUUUGGACUUGAGAUAUGCCGAGGCAGUUACAUGAGCGUGUAUUUAGUUUUUUUUGUUUCAAGAUUAGGUUUUGUCAGAUUAUGUAAGGUGUAAUUAAGAACCUAGUUGAUGGAGAAAGACGCUUUGAGGUUUACAUCAGAAAGAGGCUAAUUGACUGCAAAUAUUGAUGAUUUGCUACCAAGUACUUGGUUUGAGUAGAUGAUCACAUUUUCCUAGAUCAGUGAAUCAGUAAACUUUUGCGUUUAUCCAUUCAAAUUAUGUCUAUUGGUUUGAAUCUUUCUCAUUGGUUCUGUUAGCUUCUUUCAUUGUACUCUGUAAUUCACAAGACUUAAAGCAUUCAUUGAUUCUAAUA